CCUGGAUUUGGAGGACAUUGUUGCCCUGCAGUGUAAUUAUUCUGUAGAGCCGUUUCACAAGGAGAACUUCUCACACUUAUUGUUCAACUUCUUUGUCAGAAGACGAAACGUGACAGCAGACCUCAGUUUGCAUUGAACUGUUUGCGACUUCUCAACAAAAAGGGUCUCCUGCGUACUUGAAGGAAAAAGACCAAACGAACUAACAUUUUUGAGAGCCAAUUUGUUCUAAAUCUGAGAUGAGCAUGGCCAUCGCAGCAUCUGCAAGCGCCAUCCUGGGGAUGAUGGGGAUCAUCAUGUUACUGAUAAUCAUCAUCAUUGUCAUCUGUCUUGUACGGUGUUAUUGUGACCAAUGGAGACAACCUGGCAUGGAAGAAAAAGUCCCACCUCUCAGACAUUCACACGUGGAGAAACAUUCGCCCUGGAACGGAAAGGAAGAGAACUCGAAGGUACAUCAAUGGAUCUCGAAAUCACAGAUAUUUGGUCUGUCUUUAAAAGUUCCUCUCAACGCCGUGCAGAACUACAUCGGUCGCAAGAACUCUUCCAAAGGAGUCGAGGAGACAACAUAUCACGUUCCCAGGGCAUCCUCGCCCUUGCGGCAAAGCAUGCUGGGAGAACGUUCGGACGAUGAUGACGUCAUUGAUCCAGAUCCAGAAAAAAAUGCCUCCAAAUCCAUCGUGCAAGAAGUUGCUGUACAGCCAAAUGCCCGAUUUCCAGUCGAAGCAGAUCACGGCACACCGGUCGGCUUAACGCCAAGGAUUUACAAGCACAUCUCAGUCGAAAGGUUUUCAGACGAUUAUCCCAGAGCUAUGGGUAAAGUUGGCUUCAGCCUUGAGUACAGCAGGCGAGAAGAAAGGCUGUAUGUAACAGUCUUAGGAGCAAAGAACCUACCCCCCUCUAGGGGCGACGAGAAGGAAGCUGCUGGAACUUACGUCAGUGUAGUACGCCUUCAUACAGAUGGGCGGCGCUUUAGAACAUCAGUGCAAAGAAACACGUUCAAUCCUCAGUUCUCCGAGAAGACGUCAUAUCAGGUUCCCGUGAGCGAGUUGUGGGACGUGACGUUGAAACUGAACGUUGUCCGCAUAGACGUCUAUUCCAAGCCAACUGUGAUUGGAGAAGUGACUUACCCAUUUCGAGACCUAUUCUUGGGGAAGAUACCUUUUGGCGAGAUAUGGGAGGACCUACGCCCAUGUGCGAAGCGUGCGUCUGAAGAAGAGAAGAGUGAAUUGCUGGUUACUCUGAAGUACGACUCCACCAGACAGCUGCUGGACGUGGAGCUUGUCCAGGCACGGAACGCCAAUCCUGCCCUGUUCCUGCACCUUCCACCGAGCUGCGGCGCCGUGACACAGAGAGACGUUCUUCUGAACUUACGUGUGUCUCUGGUGAGGGGGAACCAAAUCCUGAUGUCCCACCGGACCGCCGCCCAGCGGGGCAGCUUCGACCCUGUCUUCAGGGAGAACUUCACAUUCGACGUGUCGCUCUGGGGAGUCAAUCAGGUUGGUCUGAUCAUCUCUGUCUGCCAGCGGUUGGACCUGCACACUGAGAUGCUAGGAAAGGUCACCCUGGGGUCACAUGUCGGACGGAACUUGACGGAAAUCCUAGAGAAGUCUUCUGGUGUUCCAUUGUGGUACCCGCUGGACACAAAGUGGACUUUUACUUUUACAUGGAAAAAGUGGUUCGGAACUGAAAAGAGGAUAGCGUCGCUAACAAUGGUAAACAAAGGUGAAGCUUCAUUUCGUGAAAACAUAAACAACGUUUAUGAAACAAAUUAUGAACUAUCAACGAAUUCAACUGCCGUGAUACUCGGUAAGAAGGACAACAACACGGGAAUCGAUUGGCCGACAAUAAUAGUCGCUCUUAUACUCCUGACACUCUUGGUGAACAUUGUGGCAAUCACGACUUACUACAUCUUCAAGAUGUGCAGAAGAAGGAAGGAAAAGAAACUUAGAGAGCAAAUGGUGGUCCUGAACGGGUCCAGCCCAGACAUUGAAGAGUACGACAUACAACACGAAGCCCUGCUGGGAGGUGGCUACACCACGACUGACAACGAAUCCACGACGACAAGCGAUCCGAACUCAAGACGAAACCGCCCGAAAAGGACCAACUCAAGAAGCAUGAGCGCACCAUCGUUGUUCCGUAAAGUAUCCCGACAGGCCAGUCUGGAAGCGAAGUACUUUGAUCUAGGACAGCUCGCAUUCACAGUGUUACACAGGGUGGAAGAGAAACAGUUAGAGGUCUACCUCAUCAAAGCUGAACGGCUUACACCAAGAACAAGUAAAGAACUUCGAGAUCCGUACGUCGUCGUCAAGCUCUUACCAGACAUCCGGAGGAGGAAGCAAUCAAAGAUCAUCUUAGAUGACCUCCAUCCGGAUUUUGACGAACUCUUUACGUUUGACAUUGACGGAGAAGAUAUCCGGAUGUUGACGCUAAAGUUUCACGUCAUGGACGCAGGAGGGAAGAGGAAGCGUAGACAGGAGAUAGGGCACGUGACUUUUCCUCUAGAAGGGAACGACUGGACAGUUCAACAGGAGUUCUGGAUGAACAUAGUGAAGAUGGAUCCACGUAUCAAGGUAAAAGCGCCUGAGGAGGACGUCUUACGGGCAGACCGGGGAGAGCUGCUGCUGAGCCUCACACACAGACCCAACUCCCGGCUACUGACCGUGGUGGUGGAGGAGGUCAACAAUGUCGACCCGGAGAGAGACCUGUCUGACCCGGUCUUCAUGCCGGGAAGGAAGAAGAAACACCAGAAUUCUAGCAAAGCCGCCCUUUUCGUGAAGGUCGGUAUCACAGAAGAUGGCAGGAAAGUAAAGUCUUUCAAGACUUCUCAGAAGGUGGGAACCACCAACCCCAAGUUCAACGAAACGUUCACGUUUGAUGUCUCCAAGUACGAUCUUACUGAGGUCGGCCUCAAGUUCACCGUGAAGAAGAAGGAACUGUUUCUCCAGGACACUUUAGGCAGACUGGUGAUAGGAUAUCCCUGUGGUGCACUGGAAGAACAUCUGCAUUCCCCUGAAAAACCCGAGCCUACAUGGUAUCGUCUGGAGUAGACAAGAUAAAGGGCAUAAAGUUUACCAUUAGGCCAUGUUGAUUUGAUUAUGUGGAUGACAUCCACGCGCGCAUGAAUUUUCGACCGUUUCCAAAAAAAUGACCAUACAGUACAUAAAAUGAGUGAAUAUAUGUCGUAUAUUGCAAAAGCAUUGGAAAACGAUACUAAUGUCAUCUAAAUUCGAGAAAAAAAGAAAAUGUAAAGAAAUGAAAAUGAAGAGUCUAUCAUUAUUCACUAUACCAUACUCAUGUGUGUUAAGUCAUUUGUUCAACCCAUAUGACCACAUAGAUUUUAUAAUGGAGGGAACUUUUUUUAUUCACACGCUUACAUCAGUUUUGAGGUUCCCAGCGGAUGUCAUCCAUAUAAUCAAAUCGACAUGGCCUUAUGAUAUGGCCCAUUGAAUGCGGUGAGACGUGAGGUUACCGUGCAGGUAUGGGUAGAUCAAUGGCAAAUAAACAGCAGAGCUAAAAUAGCACAAGUGUAGGUGGUGCCUUUGUAAUGUCGUCGUGUUUAAGAUUUUCAAUUAAAAUUGAAAUUUAGCCUGAGCUACCCAUAGUGCCCCUCGUACCCAGCAUGCAUUGUAAUACGUAGGCAGGUCUUAAGUCUUUAUUUAUUUUUCUUUGUUUUCAAUAAAUCAGGCAAGACACAUCCAGUUGGUAUUGUGUUGUAUUGGAUUGGAUAUUCAACAUUUAGCAAAUGUGUAAGUUAAAAAGUAAGGUCUAGAAUACCUUCUCAUCAUUAAAUGUUUAGAUGGACUGUUGGUGCACUGUUAAUUUAUUGGUAAGCUAUAAUUGUAUGCUGAAAAGUAUUGAGUUUCUGAGACAGAAUGUAUGCUGUUACAGUAGUAAUUGAAUGUGGUUAAGAGUAUUAAAACCAUUCUUCAUUCGCAAAUAAGAAAAAGACAUUGAGCCCA